UGUUAAGAUUAACACUUGUGUAAAUCCUUGUUUUCAAGAGAAUUUGAUUGAGUUAAAUCCUUUUUGGCCUUGCCACAAGGUUAAAACUCACGUGGGCCGACUUUGUGGCAACGCCACGCCUACUAUUUGCAAAUAAGGUCUUAAUCAAUACAACUACACACACAGUUGAUAAAGAAAAACAACCGAAAACACUAAAACUUUCGCCCACAAAAAUCAAAAUUUUCAGUGACCAAGGAGGAGUUGCACGGUAGUAUCCACAGAUCCCAAUCCAGAGCAGCGACAUGGGAGUCCCGAAGUUCUUCCGCUACAUCAGCGAGCGUUAUCCUUGCCUCAGUGAGUUGGCGCGGGAGCACAGCAUACCCGAGUUCGACAACCUGUACCUGGACAUGAACGGCAUCGUGCACAACUGCUCGCAUCCGGAUGACAACAACAUACACUUUCACCUGGAGGAGCAGCAGAUAUUCCAGGACAUCUUCAACUAUGUGGACAAGCUGUUCUACCUGAUCAAGCCGCAGCGUCUCUUCUUCUUGGCCGUCGACGGGGUGGCACCGCGGGCCAAAAUGAACCAGCAGCGGAGCAGGAGAUUCCGAUCGGCCCGCGAGGCGGAGCAACUGGAGGCAAAGGCGGCGCAGCGGGGCGAGCGGCGGGAGCACGAGCGCUUCGAUAGCAACUGCAUCACCCCGGGCACCGAGUUCAUGGUGCGGCUGCAGGACGGGCUGCGCGCCUUCCUCAAGACGAAGAUCUCCACGGACCCGCUGUGGCAGCGGUGCAGCGUAAUCCUCAGCGGCCAGGAGACGCCCGGUGAGGGCGAGCACAAGAUCAUGGACUACAUUCGGUACAUGAAGGCCCAGCCGGACUUUGACCCCAAUACGCGCCACUGCCUGUACGGCCUGGACGCCGAUCUGAUCAUCCUGGGCCUCUGCACCCACGAACUGCACUUCGUGGUGCUGCGCGAGGAGGUCAAGUUCGGGCGGAACGUGAAGCGCGCCUCGGUGGAGGAGACGCGCUUUUUCUUGCUGCACCUGGGCCUGCUGCGCGAGUACUUGGAGCUCGAGUUCGACGCUCUCAGUACGCCCGAGCGGAAGUUGGACGUGGCGCAGCUUAUUGACGAUUGGGUUCUGAUGGGCUUCAUGGUCGGUAACGACUUUAUACCCCAUCUGCCGUGUCUCCACAUCUCCUCCAAUGCCCUACCGCUGCUCUACCGCACUUACAUCAGCAUUUACCCGGCCCUCGGCGGUAACAUCAACGAAAACGGCAAGCUAAACCUGCGCCGCCUGCAGAUCUUCAUGUCGGCCCUCACCGAGGUGGAACUAGAGCAGUUCAAGGAGCACGCCGACGAUCUGAAGUACAUGAAUGCCAAGACGGAGGCCUUCGACAUCGAUGUGGCCCAGAUCACGGCCAACGAGAACUACGAUUCGGACCUGGGAGCCCUCAUCAGUGAGAGCAUGAAGCUCUACGAGGACGACAGCGAGGAGGACUGGAGCAACGAGGAAGCGAUGCUGACGAACGAGUUUAAGAAUUACAAGCGUAACUACUACCGCAACAAGUUCAAGAGGGAGGCGCAGGGCCAGCUGCUCGAGGAGUUGGGCCACCACUACGUCAACGCGCUGCAGUGGGUCCUCGACUACUACUACCGCGGCGUGCAGUCCUGGGAUUGGUACUACCCCUUUCACUACGCGCCGUUUAUCAGUGACCUCAAGAACAUCGAGCAGGUCCAGAUAGACUUCCAGCUGGGGACGCCCUUCCUUCCAUUCCAGCAGCUCUUGGCGGUGCUACCGGCGGCCAGUUGCAAGCUACUCCCACUCGCCUACCAUGACCUCAUGCUGCUGCCCAGCAGUCCGCUGGCCGAGUUCUAUCCGCUGGACUUCGAGAGCGACCUCAACGGCAAGAAGCACGACUGGGAGGCUGUGGUGCUGAUACCCUUCAUAGACGAGCGGCGGCUGCUAGCUGCGAUGCGUCCCUGCGAGGUGCUGCUCUCAGAGGCGGAGCGCGAGCGUAACCGCCACGGUCCCAUGUACAUCUACAGGCACAGUUCAGAGUCGCAGGGUCCCAUGGCCCCGCAACCGCCGCUGCGGGGGCUGGCGAACCUCUUCUGCACCGAGGUGGCCAAGUGGUCGCGCGAGAUCGCCCUCAACCUGCCGCACAGCGUGUGCGUGGAGCUGCCCAAUGCGGCGCGGCACGUUUUCUUCCCGGGCUUUCCCACCAUGCAGCAUCUGCCCUUCGACUUUGAGCUUCGCCACGAUCGCGUCAAGGUUUUCGAGCAGGUGAGCCGCAACCAGAACAUGGUCCUUAAGCCGCGCAAACGGCAACUGGAGGACAGCCUGGAGGCGGUGGCCGGGCAGUAUCUGGAGCAGGUGGUGCACAUCGGUUGGCCGCAUCUCAUCAAGGCGAAGGUGGUGCGCGUCGCCACGCGAGAUCAGCGGGUCGACGAGGAGGGACUCUCGGCAAAUGAGUCGCGCCGCUUUGACUCGGAGUGCAAGACGCUGCAGGAACACUUUACCACGCGCAUGGGCAUCCAGUUUCACAACUACGACGUGCUCGUCUACGUGCGCACCUACGCCGGCAGCUCCACGGAGUUUGGGGCCAAGGGAACGCUAAAGGUCCGCGAUGCGUGGAGCAGCGCUAUCACCGGCUAUCCCGCCCAGGGUGUGGUGGCCGAACUGGCCGUGAAGGAGAGCAUGCGAAAGCAGUUCAGCAAGGUUGAGGACUUCUUUCCCGCCGGCAGCCCGAUUUUCUUCAUCGGCAAUCCGUAUUACGGCAGCGAGGGCACUGUCAUGGAUCCCCUGCUCGCCUACAGCUGCGGCCGCAUCCAGGUCAACAUCCGUGUGCGUCCGGAACCGGAUGUCCAGGAGGCACGCGCCUUGCAGGAAAAUCGCGAUCGGGACUUGUUAAACACCUACGAGGUCUGCCACUUACUGAACAUCAACGGGCGGGCCUUGGGUCGCCUUACCGGCACAGUGUGGGUGGUUCUCGGUCCUCGGCGGGAGAAGAUGGAGAACGUGGCCAAGCACAACAUUGGCCUGCAGCUCAAGUACCCGCGACAAAACGAGGAGCGUGCCGGCUACUGCUGCCGGUCGGGCAACCAGUGGUUCUACUCCAGCCUUGCCCUGGAACUGAUGCGGGACUAUUGUCAGCGUUACCCGGACGUAGUCGCCUUCUUUGGAGUCAGCAACGAUCGCGGCGAGUACGUCUUUGAACAGGAUGUUUUCCCGGAUGCCAUUGGCCAGCACCGCGUUGAGGAUCUAGCCAACUGGGUGCGCCAGCAGCCACACAUGAAGGUGGAGCGGAUCUCGUGCGGCUCCAAAACAGUCUGCCGCGAGACGGUGGAGCUGCUGAUGGCCGCCGUCGACGAGCUGCGCUCGCUGCCCGUCAAGGACGUUAAGCUGCAGGUUAAGCCGCAUUUGCUCAUCAAGCCCAAUGUCACGCUGCCGGAAGUCUACCGAUCGCGGCGGCCGGUGCGACUUUUCGACCGCGUCAUUAUCGUCCGCACCAUAUACAUGGUGCCGGUGGGGAUCAAGGGCACGGUGAUCGGCAUCCACCCCGUCACCGAUCCCAAUCCGGUCCGCCUGGAAUGCGUCCAUGCCGUGGACACCUUCUGCGAGGUGCUGUUCGACAAGCCCGUUCCGAAUUGCAACGACAUCCACGGCAUCGCCCAAGAUCGGGUCUACAAGGUGCCUGAGAACGCCAUGGUGGUCAUCUUCACGAACGAACAAACACAGAAGACAAACGACAAGGCUCAGUCGACGAGGACUCCCCAGCAGAACGACAACAACGUCCGAACGAACCCUCGCGAUCUACAACAGGCGAGCAGCAGCCGUUAUGUGACCGCAGCAGGAUCGAAUUGGGUACCCAUCACGAUGAAGACAGAGGUUUCCGACGAGUUCGUGAAGACCAGAGGCGACGCGAAGGGCAAACCGGAGUGGUCCAGGUCAGGCCAGCCGCAGUCGCAGGCGCAGCCGAUGGCGGAGCAGAAGAUUUCCAACUGGCGGGAUCGGGCUAGUGCCCCAACGACCAACCCUCAGCCGGCGGCAGAAAGUUGGCGGCAGAAUUCCUCACGCCAGCAGGGCGGCAGUUCCUCCGUGGCUCCGGCCCAGGCGCCUCGCACUGCAGCUCCGGCUGCCACGGUGACUCCGCAGGAUCAGACACUGGCGCUCAUGUCAUUGCUGGGCUUGAAGAAGGAGCGGGAGGCGACGCAAUCUCUGGAGUCGACGCAGCAGCAGCCACAGCCACGUCCACCGCCACUGCAGCAGGCUCCAACUCCCGGGCAAAUGCCUAACUUGCCCAAGCCACCACUCUUCUGGCAGCAGGAGGCGCAGAAGCAACAGCAGAGCGAUCGCAUCAAGAGCCAGCAGUGGUACAGAAGCGCCCAGGCGGGAGCUGAUCUUGGGCAGCCGCCACCCAUAGCUGGUGCCCAGAUGAGGCAGCCACUGCUGCAGCAGCAUGCCAGCGUACCCCACUCUGGAUUCAACAAUGGAAAUCAGCAGCGAUCCAACCACAACAUGGCUGCGCAGAGUGUUUUCAACAACAACCAUGUGCGCAUGCAGCAGACCAAUCCCUACCAGACGUACCAGCCGCACCAUACGCCGGAUCUACCGCCAUUCCAGCAGCUGAAGGAUAUCCACAAUGUGGUUUCGCCUCGAUACUCCUCGAUACAGGACUUUGUGCCCAUACAGGCGUAUCGUCCGAGGAAAUCGAAGCGUACCCAGCCAAUCGGUGGUCGCCAGGAGCCAGAUGCUCAAUCGUUGAACGACACCACGGACACAACUUCUAGUUCUAGUCUUCCGGACAAGUCACCGAGUGAUCAAGCUGUCGAGCUAAUGCAAACGCUUAAUAUUCAGCAGCCGUCGGUAUCACAGUCCGAAUCGAAUGCUGUCCCAGCAGCUGGAACGGUUGAAUCCGGAUCAUCUCAGGCAACCAGGCCAAGGAAACAACGAGUACCCCGGAUUGGGGCCAAAUUUGAUUUGGAAUAUAUAAUGCAUUGAGAUGAUGAUAAUACAAAUAUUGCUCCACGAAGGACGGGGUCUACUCAAUGAAUUGCUCGUCUAUAAGAUCCCAUUGCUUGAAAUUUGAAAACUCUGUAUUCCUAAGUUUAAAACCCACCUAACGCUAAGCAAAAAGUUGUUUAGAACCAUCCAAUUUUCAUUUCCUAGUCUGUGCAAGGCAUUCGAAGAAGCCGCAUCCAAUGGACUGUAUUUCCCACAAAAAUUGUUGAUUAUAUUAAUACUGAAAUGAGACUGACUCAUAUUUUUUUUCUCUUAAAAUAAACUCGACUUUUUCCUGAUA